CAUCGUUUAAAUGACAUGAGAAACCAGCGGAUUUUAAAGCGCUCCUAAUGCGUUGGUUUGGGUUUGGCUUUAAUGCAUUUGGGCAGAUAUGCAUCCACGAGAAGUUAAUGAAAGGUAGUGACGCCGUGAAGGAAGUAAAAGUAACUUAUCCAACGGAACUCGGUCAUGUGGGCAGAAGUGGAAGCAGACAGGAUAUCUGCAUGCAGACCAGUGCAGUCAGAGCCAGCUGGAGUCGGAGAGCAUCUUUGCAUUUGGAUGGUGAAGGCUGUGUGUGCCUGGCAGGUUUCGGAGCUGUCACCUCCAAAGAAUGGAUUUCUAUGGCAGAGAGCCAUGGCUGUAAGGACGCUUUUAUCAGUGAAUCAUACUUGACCCUGGCUUUCCCUGACAGAGUUGAGUCCUGGGACCUGGAGAACAAAAAGGAGACUCCAGCAUGGAGCAUGGAAAUAAAAACCCAGCCAGAAUCCUCUGAUAUGCCUCUGAAUCUCCCAUUAGUCCCUGGGGGUUACAUAGCCACAAAACCUCCCUUCUACCAGUCCCUAUCACCACACCUGAAAGCCAAGAGUCUGGCACUGGGCGCAGAGCAUGCUGUACUUCUCAGUGCUACUGGAGCUGUGUACACCUGGGGCCUGGGCAGCCACGGUCAGUUGGGGCACGGAGGCCUCACCUCUGAGGAGCAGCCCAGGGCAGUGGAGGCACUCUGGGGGAUGUCCAUGAGCUGUGUAGCUACAGGAGGCUGGCACUCUGUCUGCAUUAGUGAUGGGGGUGACCUCUACGUGUGGGGCUGGAAUGAAAGUGGCCAGCUUGGACUUCCAUCACAAGCCCUGAGGAAAGCACAGCAGCAAAGUGGCCAACAAGCUGAUGUCAGCACAUCUCCACGCGAAAAUCCACAGGAGGGAGAAGAUGACAAAGAAGUGUUCAUAUCCAUCCAGGCAUUCCCAGCUCUUCUAGAUAUCACUCCAUCAUGUGAAAUCAAGACAGUCAGUUGUGGCUCCCGGCACACAGCUGUAGUAACAACCACAGGUGACCUCUACACUUGGGGCUGGGGGGAAUACGGCCAGCUUGGACGCCAGACUUUGAGCUCAGAUGAGCCACAGCGUGUGGAGUUCUUCAGAGAGCAGCAGAUGUGUGUGGUCAAUGUUGUAUGUGGGCCGUGGAACACUUUUGCUGCUGUUGUCAAGGAGGAAGUGGCUGAAUCUUAAAUGUUAUGAAAUGUCACUGUUACACGUGAAGAAUGGACUUUGGACAACGUACCAGGAACUGUUUGUUAUUACAACAAAUACAAAACUGAAUUAAAUGCACUUUGUAUUACACACACACACACAUAUUUAAGCUUCUCUUGUCUAUAUAAAAAGAAAACCUUGGUAAAAUCAGUUUUUUAAAACUUUCUUUAUAGAAAUAUAAAAAAAAGGUUUUAUAUUUCACAUACAUAAAAGGGUUAAUACGGUAAAAUUCACAGAUAAAUAUAAUUUAAGUAAAAUCUCUAAAGUUCUAAUUUUGCAAGUCACACAUCAUGAUAUCAGAAUUAAUGGGUGAUCCAUGUCCACAGUCCACAGUAGGUCAUCACAGCACAAUCUUGAAAGAGCU